ACGACUAGUUGUUUUACCUGCGAUAUCAAUUCAUACACGUUUCUCCAAUAAUCGUGAAAGAUAGUAUUGGAAAUGAUUUGAAUAAUUCAAAGCUAUUUGUUCUUUGAAAAUGAUCUAUAAUUAAUUAACAAAAUUUUUUCCUGAUGAAAGUCAGAGAAUUUUUCGAAUUCCGAAAGAACAUAACCUCACUUGGAUAUUGUAUAUUUUGUUUAUUUGAAAAUUCCAUUGAUUUUGAGUAAAAAUAUCCCGUUGUUAUUCUGCAAGGUAGAAUAAUGGAGGUAUUGAAAGAAACUGCGGCACAUUUGAGCAAUUAUGAAGUUUUGGAGAUACUGAAAGGACUGAAAUCCAACAAGACACAAAAAUCAAGAAAUCAACUGGCAACUAUUACGUAUCAAACUGUAAGAUGUUUGGAAGAAACUCCUUGUAAAGAGCAGACGCCAGAGAAGAUUUGUAGUUUUUUAAAGGCUGUUGAAACAUUCAAUCUUACAAAGAGUGAGAAAUUAAUGCUGCUGAAUUUAUGUCCAAAGACUGCCUUGGAAAUUCAACUGAUAGUGGAAGAUGGAGAAGAUCGUCUCUCGGAAGAAGAAGUUGAGUCGUUACUACAAGUAAUAACGGAACAUUUUGGUGAAGAGGUUAGAGAAGAAGAUGAAGAUGUCUAAAACGUACAUCGAUGAUUAUUCCUUUUUAUUUACAUCAUUAUCUUCAUGUAUAUAGGAUUAUCAAUGAUAUUGUAGUGAUAAAUAUUGUGCAAGCAGAA